AUGAAUUCCAGGAAAUUACUCUCAGAAACACGGAGGGCAUUUCCUGCUACUAAAGUCCGCUGUCAGCAGCCAUCAAGGAUUCUCAUAGUGGAUGUCACAUCACCUUCCUGGACCAACACUUGUUCUGUGCUGUCUGAAGCUCUGGAAAACACUCUCUGUUUGGCCUGCAGUUUGACAGGCCCCUGCCGCAUUCCCCUGCUGAGCCUCUACCUGGUGCAGAACCAUCAGGAGUGUUUGCUUCCCUUUACGCAAGUGAAAGAAAACUUUGCACGAAUCCAAGCCUGCAUGUCAGAGCUGCGCUCACUGCCAAGAGAAGGCUGCUUCCCACAGGGGGGAAGUGGAGUGGUACAAGCUGUGCAGGAUGGAUUGCAGCAGUUCAAACAAUACAGCAGACACACAACAGCAGGAGGCUCCACAAAUAAUUCUGUUGAGAUCACAAUUUUGACUAGCCAGUCCAGCAAAGAAAUGGUAAAGCAGCUGGAAAUUAAGUUAAAGGAUGUAGACCUUGUGAGUCUGCGAAGAAUAGAAGUCAUUGAGGUUUUGAAGAGAGACUUCCUGGAGCCUGAGGAUGUGGAACAGUGCAUGCCAGCAGAAGAACCCAAUAUCAGCGACAUUGCAAUCCUGGGAAUGGACAUAGAUGUGCAAACCAUAGAGGACAAUGUCAUCAGCUUAGAGAUGUUGUUUAAAACAUGGCUACAUGACUAUGGCACAGAGAAAGAACACCUCCACCUCCUCCUUCCAUCAGGAGGCUUCAGCAAUGCCUCUGCACCCAGGACCACCCUAAUGUGUCUCAAGUGUGACUUGCAGGAGAGAUUACUCGACCCCACUCUGCUUUCUGGAGCGGUCGAUGGCAGUGUAAGAGCAACAGAUGUGACCUCACCCUGCCAGAUGGCAGCCUGGCCAGCCACAGCCCUGUAUAAACUCCGGGUUAUAAAAGCUCUGAAGUCUGAAGGAGUCUGUGAGUCUGUACUUUAUGGCCUGCCUUUCAUCAUCAAGCCCACAAGCUGCUGGCAGCUGGACUGGGAUGAACUGGAGAUAAACCAGCAUAGCUUCCAUGCUCUAUGUCAUAGUCUUCUGAAAAGGAAGUGGAUGCUUUUGGCCAGACGUGAGCCACAGAAUACCAGUCCAAGCUGGAACAUCAUGGUGCAUUCCUACUACGUCAUUGUUCCUUCUGACUCUGCCACACUGCUCAUCAAAGCAGUCGCCAUCAGAGAGCUCUUGAUGCCAUCAACCUUCCCAGCCCUCCUUGCUGAACAUGCUGAGAGAGUGUCUGGCCCUAUAGAGGGUGCCUUGAACAGCUUGGAAGUGGAAGUUGCUUAUAACCCCUUGCACCUGAAAAGCAAUCUCUACAAAUACCUGAAGAGUGUGCUGUACAAGCCUCUGCACAGGCAGCAGGCCCAGCCCAGGGACCAGCGACCAGAGCGCCACCAGCCCAAGCAUCAGAGCAAAGCCAAAGCCACAGUGGCACCCCUUCUGAUGGCUUCUUCUCCUGUCCAAGCACAUAGGCUGGCAGCGGCCAGGACAGACCCCAAAGAGUACGAGGGGCUGCUGCAGUGA